AUGAGAUCUCGCGAGAGCAAAGGCGCAUCCACGUCCUCGGCCGAAGUUGCCGAGGCUUCUGACGUCAGUCACGGUGGCGCCUGCCCUGCUGCGGGCGCCGCGGCGCUGGGACGGGCGCUCCCCGGCCCUGGCGCUGAGCCUGACUCCCCGACCCUUUGCCCUGGGGCGCAGGGAGGCGGCUCCGCUGUGAUCGACAUGGAGAACAUGGACGACACGUCUGGCUCCAGCUUCGAGGACAUGGGCGAGAUGCACCAGCGCAUGAAGGAGGAGGAGGAGGUGGAUGCAGAAGCUGCUGCGGCAGACGAGGAGGAUGGAGAGUUCCUGGGCAUGAAGGGUUUUAAGGGACAGCUGGGCCGGCAAGUAGCUGACCAGAUGUGGCAGGCAGGUAAGAGACAAGCGUCGAAGGCCUUCAAUCUCUAUGCCAACAUUGAUAUUCUCAGACCUUACUUUGAUGUGGAGCCCAUCCAGGUUCGCAACAGACUGCUGGAAUCCAUGAUCCCCAUGAAGAUGAUUAAUUUUCCCCAGAAGAUUGCAGGUGAGCUCUACGGCCCCCUUAUGCUGGUCUUCACAUUGGUGGCUAUCCUGUUGCAUGGGAUGAAGACUUCAGACACUAUAAUUAGGGAAGGCACGUUGAUGGGCACAGCCAUUGGCACUUGCUUCGGUUACUGGCUGGGCGUCUCCUCCUUCAUCUAUUUCCUGGCAUACCUGUGCAAUGCCCAGAUCACAAUGGUGCAGAUGCUAUCACUGCUGGGCUAUGGUCUCUUUGGACACUGCGUCACCCUGUUUGUUACCUAUAACAUCCACUUCCACUCCCUAUUUUAUAUCUGCUGGCUGGGGAUCGGUGGCCUCUCCACACUACGGAUGGUUGCUGUGCUGGUGUCACGCACAGUGGGACAUACCCAGCGGCUCAUCCUGUGUGGAACCCUGGCUGCUCUGCAUAUGCUUUUCCUCCUUUAUCUGCACUUUGCCUAUCACAAGGUGGUGGAAGGAAUCCUGGACACAUUGGAAAGACCCAACAUCCCCCCCUUUCAGAGAGUGGCCAGAGACAUCCCUGUUGUUUCCUCUAUUGUAUUGAACACAACGGCCAAAGCCAUUGCCUUGUCCCAGUAGCCUCAUGGACUCUUGACUCACUGCCCUCACCUCUUCUGGGGCUAUUAGGUCAUAACACCUGCAACUAUUGGGGGGGGAAAAGGACUUGGUUUCUUUGUACCUCUUUUGGGGAGAAGAGUGCAGGGCUCCCCAUCGCGUCUCAAGGGAAAUCAGCUCUUGCCAGUCUGCAUCUGUACUGGUCAGAACUGUCCUCACAACCUUGUGCAUACUUAGCUGGGAUUCUACAACUCUGUUAUUCCCUCCCCACUCCUUUGGCUUGCUUUUGUAAUGCCCAGCCUAUGUGCUGUGCUCCCCUCCUGAAGAGGGAGGAAUUAAAUGGAUGUUGGUGCUGAGUAUGUCUUGUGUUAGAACCUGCUCCUACAGGGGAGAAGAGGAAGAACUUUGUUGGGUCCCAUCUAAUCUUUCCUUUUCCCUCCUAGAGCCAAAUGGGAUUAUACGUUGCAGUCCAUUCCCUAGGCCUUUGUCCAGUCCGUUUUUAAAUUGCUAUGCGAGGGGGGCUUCUCUUGAGCAAAUAUUCAACUCAAAAGGCCCUUCACAUUAGCAGAGGAGCCCUGAUAAUCAGCUGGAACAUUGCACGAAUGAGCUGAACCCUGUUCCUCCUUUGUAUGCCCCACAAACAAUUCCUCUUCAGAUCUAGUCAGAUCUCACCCUGCUUCCUCUCUUGCUGCUGUUUGUCAAAGCCAGACUGACCAAGCUGUUUCAGUCUUAGCCCUGAAAUGUGGUCCCUCCACGACUGUUCUGUUUCUAUCCUGUCACCCACUGUGCUUUGUUUUAUGGAAUAGGGGUCCCCACCACCACCUGUGACUGCUCAUCACCUUUGGCACAGAUGCUUAUUUACCUUCUAGAUUAACCUAAUAGGGGAUGGAGCAGAGAGAGUACACUUAUAAAGUUUCCUGAUGAUACAAAGCUGGGAGAAGUUGCAAGCAGUUUGGAGAACAAGAUCAGAAUUCAAAGUGAUGUUGGCAAACAGGAGAAAAUCUGAAUUAGUGACAAAUGUAAAGUACAACAGUUAGGAAGAAUUAAUCAGUCGCACAAAUACAAAAUGGGAAACGAUAGCCAGGAAGAAAAGAAUGUGCAUUGUAGGAAAUCACAUUAAAUGAAUCAGUGUAAUGUUACAAUAUUACUGUUAAUAUUUCCCAGAUUUUUUUUUGUAAGCGAGUAAUGAAAAGGAAUUCUACCAGUGCUCCAGUUGAAGUCUUGUAUCAAGUUCUGGGCAUUACACUUUGGGCAGAUGUGGACAAACUGCAGAAAGUCUAGAGGAGAGCAAUAAAACUGAUUGAAGAUAAUUACUUACGAGGCAAGAUUGGAAAAAAAAUGGUUUACUUUGUAGUAGGCUGUCGGGAGACCUAAGUUUCCUUCAAGUUUGAAAAAGGUUGUGACAAAGGAAGGUGAUAUUCUCUUUAACUACUGAUGGCGGGGGUUAGACGCAAUAGCCUUAAAUUGUAGCAAGGAAGAUUUUAGACUUUAAGAAAAAGUCUAAGAAAACCCCACUAUUGUGAGGUUAAUUAAGCAGUGGAAUAAGUUACCUAGAGGCUGUAGAAUCACUGUCACUGGAGAUUUUUAAGAACUGGUUAGACAACUGACAGAGAUGGUCUAGACAACACUAAGUCCUGCUUCAGCACAGAAGACUGGACUAGAUGACCUAAUCCUUCCAAUCCUGCAUUGCUGUGAUUUUUGGUAGUAAGUGCCAGUUACUUACUCUGUCUCCUAGCUGUGGACGUUGGGUUUCAUUUCUGGCUCAGUGGAGGGGUUCCCUACUCCCCAGCAUGCUUCAUGAAUUGUUUGCCCUCUGCCAUCCAGCCUCUUCAUUCCAAAGCCCAAGUAGUAUUUCCCCAAAGUGCUUUUAAGCAGAUCUGUCAGGCCUGCUGCACUCCAUUUGCACUACUCUGAUACUACCAGGGGAGCAGAGGCCACUCACGAGUCCCCUGUAGGGAGCAUAUAGCAGAUGUAUUCAGCUCAUAGGCCUUCUGCUGCAGGGGCUAUGGCAAGGUGCAGAGGAGCAGCUCAAAGUAGUCCUAUCUACUGGCCAAUCAUCUGGCAGUCAUAUGCAGCUAAUGUAAAUGAGAGCAGUCUCAAUGCUAUUCUAACUUGUAGGUGUAGGUGUAGCUGGUUCGUGGCUCUCAGCUUCCCUCCCGCACCUUCUCAAAGACUGCUAGGUUACUUUCUGUAAAAGAAGAUCCCUGUUUCAUAUAAUCUCCCCUAGGCUCAAGUAAGUGCUUGAAUAGUACUAACUAGGUACUGCCACCUAGGGUUGCCAGAUGGUUUCAAUAAAAAUACCGGACACACUUGACAUUACAUCACAAUCUACAUUAUAUCUUAUUUAGAAAAUACCGGACAUUUAUAUUUUUUCAAUUUGUUUCCCAAACAGAAAGCUCAAAUACUGGACUGUCCGGUUCAAAACCAAACACCUGGCAACUCUACUGCCACCAUGAGUGAGGAAAGCUGAGGAAAGUGUGGGAAUUAUUUUACAGUAUGGUAGUUAUAACACUCACCUAGAACUGGGGAAACCCUGUGCCAGUAAGCAGGAAAGUCUGGUAGUCGUCUUGUAGCACCCAUUCUAGAUGAGUGCACGUAGGCUCCCGAUCUGCCUCAUUUCCAUUCCCUCUUCCUGGUGUCCCUAUGCAGGAGCUGCACAAGUUUCUACUCCUCUUACACCCUGGCUGGGUGUUAUUGAUUUGACUUGGGAGAGUAGUUAAGUCAAAGAUCCUCUAAAUAUGCCCUUCCUCAAACUCCUCUCCGAGACAGCUUUAUAAACAGUCCUCAGAAAAAUCAAUAAACCACAGAUUUAAUCUCUAUCAAGUGAUAGUCCCCUGGGCUCGGGCUCGGGCUCAGCUCCCUUUCCUAAGCUCAGAAUUAUCUUUCUUUCCCAGCACAAGCUGCCAUCUUCCUCAAGGCACUCCUUGCUGGUACUUCCUGUUUCCUGCCAUUCUUAACAACAACCUGAUUUUAUAUUGGGUACGAAUGAGCACUAUUAACUUUAUUAGGAGGUACUUAACUGGCCAUGGGUCCAGUGAGUGUCCUAAGGGGCUCAUUCCAACUAUGAUAAGGAGUGAGCGAGAGAGAAGAGCCACAUCAGAUUAUCCCAUAGCCUGAUGACCAGGGACUGCUCCUGUAUUGUGGGAGAACUCCAUUCAGCCCCUUCUCUACAGCAGAAAGAGGGCAAAACUGAACCAGGAUCUUCCCCCAAGCCAAAUGUGGGCCCUAAAGACCAAGUUCUAGAGAUUUUUUUCCUUUUCCCACCAGGCCAUUUUGAGACUCUUUAUUUCAAAAAAGGAAGGGAGGUUAGAAUGUUGAGUUGGGUCAAAAAUUAAACUUUUGAUAUUUCCAAAACAUUUUGGUUUUGUUUUGGUUGAAACUAUUUGCUGAAUGCACAUUUCAUGAUGACCAAACCUCACACUUUUUAAUGAAUAAACUAUUUGAUAAACAA